AUGUGCAAAAAACUGAGUAGAAAUGUAACAUGCCAGCAACACGUCGAGCAGCAACACGUCGACCAGCAACACGUUAACCAGCAACACGUCAACCAACCACAUAGCAACCAGCCACACGCCGACCAGCAACACGUCAACCAGCAACACAGCAACCAGCCACACGUCAACCAGCAACACGUCAACCAACCACACAGCAACCAGCCACACGUCAACCAGCAACACGUCAACCAACCACACAGCAACCAGCCACACGUCGACCAGCCACACGUCAACCAGCAACAUGUCGACCAGCCACACAGCGACCAGCCACACGUCGACCAGCCACACGUCAACCAGCCACACAGCGACCAGCCACACGUCAACCAGCCACACGCCGACCUGCCACACAGCGACCAGCCACACAGCGACCAGCCACAUGUCGACCAGCCACACAGCAACCAGCCACACGUCAACCAACCACACAGCAACCAACCACACGUCGACCAGCCACACGCCGACCAUCCACCCCUCGACCAGCAACACGCCGACCAGCCACACAGCAACCAGCCACACAGCAACCAACCACACAGCAACCAACCACACGUCGACCAGCGACACGUCGACCAGCGACACGUCAACCAACCACACAGCAACCAACCACACAGCAACCAACCACACGUUGACCAGCCACACGCCGACCAUCCACCCGUCGGCCAGCAACACGCCGACCAGCAACACGCCGACCAGCAACACGCCGACCAGCAACACGUCGACCAACCACACAGCAACCAGCCACACGUCAACCAGCCACACAGCAACCAGCCACACGCCGACCAACCACACGCCGACCAACCACACGUCGACCAGCAACACGUCGACCAGCCACCCAGCAACCAAUCACACAGCAACCAACCACACGCCGACCAACCACCCGUCGGCCAGCAACACGCCGACCAGCAACACGCUGACCAGCAACACGUCGACCAACCACACAGCAACCAACCACACGUCGACCAGCCACACGCCCACCAGCCACACGCCCACCAACCACACAGCAACCAACCACACAUCGACCAACCACACAGCGACCAGCCACACGCCGACCAGCCGCAUGCCGACCAGCAACACGCCGACCAGCAACACGUCAACCAACCACACAGCAACCAGCCACACGUCGACCAGCAACACGCCGACCAGCCACACAGCAACCAGCAACACGUCGACCAGCAACACAGCGACCAGCCACACGUCGACCAGCAACACGUCGACCAGCCACACGCCCACCAACCACACGUCAACCAACCACACGUCAACCAACCACACGGCGACCAGCCACACGCCGACCAGCCACACGUCAACCAGCAACACGUCGACCAACCACACAGCAACCAGCCACACGCCGACCAGCCACACAGCAACCAACCACACGUCAACCAACCACACGUCGACCAGCAACACGUCGACCAGCAACACAGCAACCAACCACACAUUGACCAGCCACACGUAGACCAACCACAGAGCGACCAGCCACACAGCGACCAGCAAUACGUCGACCAGCAACACAGCGACCAGCCACACGCCGACCAGCAACACGUCAACCAACCACACAGCAACCAGCCACACGUCGACCAGCCACACGUCGACCAGCCACACAUUGACCAGCAACACGCUUACCAGCAACACGUCGACCAGCAACACGUCGACCAGCCACACAGCAACCAGCCGCACGCCGACCAGCCACACAGCAACCAACCACACGUCAACCAGCCACACGCCGACCAGCAACACGUCGACCAGCAACACGCCGACCAGCAACACGUCGACCAGCAACACGUCGACCAGCAACACAGCAACCAACCACACAUUGACCAGCCACACGUAGACCAACCACAGAGCGACCAGCCACACAGCGACCAGCAAUACGUCGACCAGCAACACAGCGACCAGCCACACGUCGACCAGCUACACAUCAACCAACCACACAGCAACCAGCCACACGUCGACCAGCAACACGUCGACCAGCAACACAGCGACCAGCCACACCCACACGCCGACCAGCAACACGUCGACCAGCAACACAGCGACCAGCAACACAGCGACCAGCCACACGCCGACCAGCAACACGUCGACCAGCAACACGUCGACCAGCCACACGUCGACCAGCAACACGUCGACCAGCCACACAGCGACCAGCCACACGCCGACCAGCAACACGUCGACCAGCCACACGUCGACCAGCAACACAGCGACCAGCCACACGCCGACCAGCAACACGUCGACCAGCCACACGCCGACCAGCAACACGUCGACCAGCCACACGUCGACCAGCAACACAGCGACCAGCCACACGCCGACCAGCAACACGUCGACCAGCCACACGUCGACCAGCAACACAGCGACCAGCCACACGCCGACCAGCAACAUGUCGACCAGCAACACGUCGACCAGCAACACGUCGACCAGCAACACGUCGACCAGCAACACAGCGACCAGCAACACAGCGACCAGCCACACAGCAACCAGCAACACAUCAACCAGCAGCAAUUUUUGAUGCAUUUGUAUCUUUGCGUCCAGAGCCUGUUGAAGUUCAGACUACAGCUCGGUUUCCUGGCCUUUCUUGGAGGAAUGUUUCCCGUCUGGCAGCUUGUUGUUGUUGUGAGGUUUCCUGGAGGAGGUCAGGCUGAUAAAUGGUCAUCUAAUGAGCUGACCAAUGGGCUGCUGACGGAGCAGAGGGAUCUGCUGGAACCGAUCCGCUGA